AUAUAUUGUUUUAUAUUACGCAGAUUUGUCUUAGAUGUACACGAUUUUAACAGAACGAUAUUUCGGAUAAAGGAAAAUGUUUCAUUUGCUUACAAUGGUUUUAGCCGCUGCUACACUAUUAUCUGCAGUGCAACAUUCCUGGGCUGGCUACUGCCCGGAUAGGGUGAUAUGGUGCCCUGAUGAUCAAACAUGUUGUGUGAUGAACACUAUGGGUACAUUGUGGGGUUGCUGUCCAAUAAAGAAUGCUGUCUGCUGUACAGAAGGUUGCUGUCCUCCAACGUACAAGUGUGGCGCAAAUGGAAAAUGCAUAAAGUAGCAGAAGUUCUUGAAUAUGUUCCAGUUUUAACAACACAAUAAAAUGAUUUAUCAAGCUCUUCUCCAAACUUAUCAAUAAAAUGUUUGAAAUA